AUGCACCAAGGGAUUAAAACAACACUCAUCACUUUAACAUGGUUUCCUGUAUUAUAUACAUUCACAAAUCAUAUUAUACAACCUUAUUGUAUCAAUGGUUUUAGUAUGACACCUACCUUUAAUAAUAAUGACAUUGUAUUGGUUAAAAAAUAUAAUAUGAAAUCAUCAAAUUUAACAAAAGGUGAUAUAAUAAUGUUUAGAAGUCCCGAAAAUCCAGAAAAAUUAUUAACUAAACGAAUAAAAGGUUUACAAAACGAAAUAAUUAUACCAAAGAAAGAUUAUCCAAAAAAUCAAGUGAAAAUACCAAGAAAUCAUCUUUGGGUUGAAGGUGAUAAUGAAUUUCAUUCAAUAGAUUCUAAUAAAUUUGGACCAAUAAGUCAAGGAUUAGUGGUGGGUAAAGUAUUAAGUGUUAUAUGGCCAUUGAAUAGAAUAGGAGUAGAUUUAGAAUAUAGAUGA